AUGGCGCAAAAGGGCCGACGAAACAUCUUCUUUCUUGGAAGGCGGAGUGAUCGGAUGUCACUGUACGACUUGAUAACCGAGAUAUGCAUCAGCAUUGGACGCGACAUGAUCCAAAGCCCUUCGACAAAUUUGCACCAAUGGCAGGAAAGCUCAUCUUCGCAAAGACUUAGAUUGUUUGCCGCCUGGCUUGGUAAUGAGUCCAACAGAGACUCGUUGCUGAUUAUCGACGACGCAGAUGCUUUUGAGCCCUCGAGUCUCAAGUUUAUUCUGGCUUGUCCAGCGUGGCAUAUCGUCACCUCGACAAGAGACUCGACCUUGAGCUGGACUGAAAGAGACUUCCUAGAAGUCCGUUUACAGCCAUUGACCACACUCGCCACUGUUUCGAUACUACGAGAUGCUGUUGCCAGGUUGAGCUCCGGACGCUUAGAGCUGUCUAGCCAGGAGCUCAGCUCUCUGGCCCAGGUCAUUCACGGUCAUCCUCUAGCAGCACAAAACGUCAUUCCCUUCCUUGUAACGCACUUGAACUUCAUUCCCCAUCCAGUGGCCGAGUUGAUGCGGAUGUUCCACACCGGGAGUGUGGAGGAGCGAGAAGUCUUCUUGAAGUUCACAGCCCAGGCCCGCUCUCUUUGGGACACUUUUGAAGAAUCACUUCAGCGUCUUGAACUCCGAGAUGGCUCCGCCAAUGCCGUGAGGCUGUUUCAGCUGCUGCCUUAUCUACGCACCGAUCAGCAAUGUUUCCAUGAUUGCUGGAGGAUGAAUACAGGGCGAAGACAUCAGCCCUCAAGCUUCGGCCCUCACGCGUCAGUGCUCAGAUCCAGCUACCUAGUCAUGUCCGAUCGGCUGCAGAGGCUCCAGGCUGUCUCUCUUAUUACAGAAGAACGCGAAGGAGGGUCAACACAGAGCAUUGCUUUCCACCCACUCGUCCGCCAUUAUGCGCUGGUCCGUUUCCACCAAGCAGAGCUCAGGGUUGCUAGGGAAGUCAUUCUCUUCCUUCAUGAGAAGGCAGCAGCCCAUGGUGACGGCUGCCCAGGAUACAUCAAAACCCAUCUCCUAUAUUAUGUUGGCGUCUGUUCCGAACUCCACAUUGGCCUGUGCGACCUCUCUCUUCCUGAAGCUGUGAGACUAUGGCUGCGGAACGUCAUCAGAGAACAGUCCACUGGGAAAGACAGCCAUGACGAAAUGGAGGACGCCUUUUCAGAGCCAAUUAUUAUCGACCAGACAACGUUGGCCGUGCAACGUCUCCUUGCGGAGUGCAAGAACACUCACACAAGACUGAGAAAGGAAAUACUUCAAGCCGAUAAUCAUGAAGCCCUGUUAAUGGCUAUAAGAUGUACCACAGCUUACAGGGAGAUGAGGGAAAGCUUUGAUUCAAUGGACAGGAGUCUGGAUCCAGGCUUGUUAUCGCAGCUAAUAGAGGCCGUAGAACUACUCAGGGAGGUGUGCAAAGCUAUAGGCCACUACCCUGAUCUCCCUGGUGAGUUGGAACGUUUUAGUCAACAGCUACAGGCCAAAAUAUCAUCAGGGAGUAGUGGCGCGUCUGAUUGGCAUAGCUAG